ACAAAAGGGGGAACGUGGCAAGAGAGGACGCCAUGGAUCAGCUGGACCAGCAGGCCCCCCUGGACUGCCUGGACAAGAGGGGAUGCCGGGUGGCCCUGGGAUCAAGGGCAGCAAGGGCGAGUCUGGUCUUGGCAGAUUGGGUCCCAGAGGACCACGUGGCCUCCCUGGACCCCGGGGUGAAGAAGGAAUUGUGGGACUUCGUGGCCCUGUUGGGAUGGUGGGACAGAAUGGCCUUGCAGGGCUGAAAGGCGAAAAGGGUGAUGUUGGAUUUCCUGGGCCCAAAGGAGAAAGGGGAGACCCCAUGACGAUAUUUGGACCUCAAGGCUAUAAAGGCAAUAAAGGAGAUCCAGGUGAAAGGGGCCCUCCGGGGUUUGAUGGCGACAAAGGCGAGAAAGGGGAAGAUGGACCCGCCGGAGAAAAGGGGGUGAAAGGAGAAGCAGGAGCAAAAGGAAUCAUGGGCCUGUUUGGGACCAGAGGACCAGUGGGGCAGAAGUCAUUACCUCCGAAGCAGAUGCAAGGCCAGGCCACGCAGCAGAUGUAA